AUGACCCCACAAGCGCCCGCCGCCGCCGCAGUCGUCUUGGGCUUGCUAAAUCACGUCUAUUUCAAUCGUUGCGAGCCACAGAGCAUCAAUGUCUCCUUUUUGGCCAUUAUCAUACAGCCAGUGGCGCUAACACUUGCCUUCAAUGCCUUUUCCGUAGCCAAGGUGUUGACUACGACGUUCAUAUUCCUCGCAACUCUCGCACUAUCCAUUGGGGUGUAUCAUCUCUCUCCAUGGCAUCCACUAGCACAUAUACCCGGCCCAACCUUGGCCAAGAUCAGCAAGUGGUGGUCCGUACGACUUGUACUCAGCGGAGAUCAACACCGAGUGUUCAAAGCUCUACAUGACCACUAUGGCGAUUUUGUCCGCGUUGGCCCCAAUGAGAUUUCGGUAAUUCAUGUCGACGCAAUCAAGUCGGUGUUUGGCAGGGGAGGCUUUCCCAAGGGUCAAUACUAUGAACCUCGCGUGGACCCUAUUCAUGGUACCCGUAGUCUGCUUACAUCUCGCGGCGACGCCCACGCAAACCGACGGCGCAUAUGGAAUCGUGGAAUGAGCUCUCAAUCACUUCUGGCUUUCGAGCUAAUCUUAGAGAAACACCUCAAGCAAAUGCUAGAACAUUUCGACAAAUUCGCUUCUACAAGAAGCGAGAUUGACAUCGCAGCUUGGUUUAGCUAUCUGAUGUUUGAUUUUAUGGGCGACAUGGCGUUCGAAAUGCUUCGCGAUGGUAAAGACAAUGAAGGGUAUUGGACUUUGAUCAAAGAUGGUGCCAAGACUAUCGCAGUUCUUUCUCAGCUUCCUUGGCUUGCGCCUGCGCUCUACAAAAUACCGAUGCUCACGCGGAACACCAAACGGGCCCAGGCCGAGGUCGAUGCUGUCUACCCCGAUCCAGAUUCCGUCUUUGACUCCUUGAAACACGGAGAAUUGCCCUAUCUGACAGCCUGUUUUAACGAGGCCCUGCGCCUUUACCCUCCUGUCCCCACUGGAGGUCCACGUCAGAUUCCCCCCGGUGCCGCGACAGUUAUCGCCCAGAAAAUGAUUCCAGAGAAUACGCAAGUUUAUGUCCCCGCAUACGCUGUCCACCGCAACCCCCGCCAUUUCUUCCCGGAUCCAGACAAGUUUGAUCCUGAUCGCUGGCUAGGGUCAUCCAACGAAGGGCUCCACCACCGUGCAUUUAUUCCCUUCUCCUAUGGUGCGGCCAAUUGUGUCGGGAAAGGUUUGGCAUGGUGCGAGAUGCGGAUGGUUGCGAGUGCCCUACUGAAGCGGUAUGAACUCCGGUUCGGGGCUGGAAUGGAAGAGAAUGGGAGCUGGGUGGAUACUUUAGACGACGUAUUCGUCACGAGUGUCGGGGGCAAAUUGUUGGCAGGCGUACCUGGGGAUUACAUGAAUCAAAAGACAGUUGUGAGAGAGAUGCCAUGA